CUUUUCUGAAAUGGCGAGAUUUCUUAUUCAACCUGGAUUAAAUUCAGAUUUCACACCAACACUCAGACUGCCUGUGUCUGAGAUAGAUGGUAUUAAUGUUCAUAGCAAUGUCAAGUGGAGACAGCUCUCAACUCAUCACAGGGAACAUUGUUUCAAUCAUUUUAUAACUGAAACCAUGACAACAGAAAAAGAGGAGGAAGAGAAAAGACUGGAGGAGAAAAUGAAAGAGCUGGAAAAUGAUUCAGGGUUUAACCAACCAAUGGAAACCGGAGUGGUGAUCCCAACUCCUGACAAAAACAAUAAGAAGAACCUUGUCUUUGACGAAGAGAGAUUCGAGGACACCUUUCUGAAAUGCUUGAUCUGUCGAGAAACGUUUGACGAGGAUGAAAAGAUGCCAAAAAUGUUGCCAUGUCACCAUACAUUUUGCCUGGAUUGCCUGAAGCAGAUGUUCCGAGUGGAGGGCGAGUUUCGGCGCAAUCUGACGUCAGCGUUUCGUAGCAUGCCCGUGGCUGUCAAAAUAUCGUGCCCGACUUGUCGGGAGGGACUUAUUGCAUCAGAAGCAGAGAUUUUACGGCUUCCAAAUGAUCACACAGUCCGCGAACUAGUGGCGUUCGUCAGAUGCACGGGGAAGCCGGAUGUCGCCUACUGCAAGAAGCACCAGAUGCAGCCGCUGAACUUUUUCUGUGAGCCGUGUAUCACCCCCGUGUGUAGGGAUUGCACCGUUAUUGACCACAAGGAGAAGAAUGGGCACAUCGUGAUGAACGUGGAAGAGGCCCUCCACAAGUACGUGCCAGUCUUAGACGAAACUUUAACAGAGAUGGAAAGCGAGGAGAAGACGCUCCACGACAAGCGGAUGGCUCUAGAGAAAGCGUCCGACAACCUGGAGCAGAUUCAAAAAGAGCUCGGAGUCCAGAUCAGACAAACGUUUGACCGUAUCCGCGACGCCAUUGAUGAGCGGGAGAGGGAACUCUACACAGCGGCGGAGCACGAGAUCGACAAAAAACGUCAGGAGAUCUCAGACCAGCUAGAGUUAGCUUUAAAUCGUGAAGAGACUUUCAAAUCGGAGAGAAUGAAAUUAAACACUGCCAAAGAAACAAAAAACAUUGCUGCCAUGUUUUCGAACCAUCAGUCGGCGCGUGAAGCCCUCAUGGAGAAGGUUACAGUUCACGGUCCUUCUCGCGCAAUUCGAGAUUUCGCCGUGAGCUUCCAGUUUAACAGUCGACAGGAAAAUAAUAUCCGGCAUUACAUCUCAAAUUUUGGUGACGUCACGUUCAAGAAUGCAUGAUCAAGAAAAAACCAAAGAAUCUCUGCGAGCUUUUCAAUCCAAUAGAAUUUUGCAAACAAGGCAUAGAACUCAUGUAAUUGUUUGAUGAAGAUUCAGUUAACGAAUCUUCAAAAUGGAACAGUUUGGUUCAAUAUCAUAUACCUUAAUUGAAGUAAAGAGUUUAUCUUGUUCCCUUAAGUGCGAUAUUUAUCCCAAUCAUAAUUUAUAUUUUCAAAUUUAAAAAAAAAGACAUAUAUGAUAAUACCUUUAUUUAUAAUCGUUCAAUGACGAACGAUAUGAAUUUUUUUAUGCGAGUAGGGUUAAAUAAAUUCAGACUGAAUUCUUAAUUAUUGGUGGUGAAUUGUGUAUAAAUUGUUGCUUUCUUUGUCACGGACUGUGGCGAUGUUAUAAUAUUGAUUUAAUAAAUCAGCUUUUACCUUUCCAUCAAUAUGUUGUUAACGAAAGGCAUAAGUUAAAUGUUUCUAAC